AUGCGAUGGAAUUUCACAUUGGCUAUGUUUGAAAGAUACAUUUACUUACAUAAAGCAAUUUCUGAGAUGUGCUUAAAAGAAUCAUCAAUGCCUCUCUGCUUAGACGAUGAAGACCUCUUAGCUCUUGAAUCCUUUUGCCAAUUUCUUAAACCAUUCGAGUGUGCAACUUUAAUUCUUUCUAAAGAACAAACAAAUUCAAUUUCUAAUACAAUAUUAAUCAUACUUGAAAUUAGUCAGCAUAUUAAUAAAGCUAGGAAUAAUGACAUGAUCCAUAAAAUGAAAAAAAAGUUUGAUAAAUACUGGAAUGUAAUCUUCGAUUAUGUAAUAAUUGCACAUGUCCUUGACCCAAGAUAUAAGUUGAAUUACUUAAAGGCAACUUUAAUUGAAGUCAGUAAAUAUAGUGAGAGUAACAUAGAGCUGUUUGUUGAUAAUGUUCGGCAGAAGAUUAUUUCUAAUAGAAUUAAGUAUUCAAGUGCAGAAUCUUCAAAUGCUGAAGAUUCUUCUAAUGCUGAAGAUUCUUCGAAUGUUGGGUCUUCAAAUAUUGGAAUUAGUAUUAUUAAUUCUACAUCUAAUUUCUUAUUUUCUAAACAAAAAAUUUUAAAAAAACAAAAAUGUAUGGAUACAAUAGAAUAUGAGUUAGAAUUAUAUGAAAAUAAGCUACUUGAAGAGUUUGAUAAUAAUAAUGAAAAGGAAGAAAAUAAAGGAAUACUAUUCUGA